AUGGCACGCCGUCCUCACCGAGCUCGACCUCACCAAGCUCGUCCUCACCACGCUCUGUUGAAGAAACUUGCAAAAGAUAUUGAAUCCUUGAAGAAACCCAACAAUGACGUUGUCGAAGCUGUAGAACUGAGGAAACAGUGGAGGAAGAAGACUAGGACAGCAUUAAACGAACUCAAUUCUCUAAACACUAUAGAUAUUGAGAGUAUUGAAGAAUUCAAGUAUGUGGCAUUUGUCAAGAACAAUUACGCAAUGAUUAGAGGAGAUAAGAAGAAAAAAUUUAAGUGCAGCAUAAGGAUUCUUCCUAGUCAAGAUUCUGAAGAAAUUAAGAGAAUGGCGAACGAAGCAGGUAUUAAGCACACUUAA